AUGGCUGCCAAAACUCUCGAAGCGCGCUUCGAGCAUCUCUCCGUCCACGACGAAAACGAAGCCCCAAACAAUGGUUCUACCAUGCUGAAGUCCAAGGUGACGGCUACUUCUGCAAUGGCUGCUUCAGGUAUCGCACCUAGCCAAAGCCGAACGAAUCUCGUCAAAUACGCUCUGCAGCAGAGUAACGAGUCGAGGCAGAAUGCGGCACAAGUCGCUACUGUCACAACCACCACCACAGUCCCGACCUUACCUCCAUCUCCUGUCCGCAAGCCGGUCCCAUCUCGUUCCUCGGAAGAGAGCGCGGGGUCUGUUCAGCGUUCUUCUGAUCCUGCUACGCUCUUUCACCAACAAGACCCAAAAAAGUUCCAUCUAGGCAUGUUUGAGAUCGGCAAGCCGUUAGGGAAGGGCAAGUUCGGUAGAGUCUAUCUAGCGAGAGAGCGGACAUCGGGGUUUGUGUGUGCCUUAAAGGUGCUACACAAGUCCGAGCUUCAGCAAGGCAAGGUUGAGAAACAAGUGAGGCGAGAGAUCGAAAUUCAGUCCAACCUACGACAUCCGAACAUCUUGCGACUGUACGGUCACUUCCACGACAGCAAGCGUGUCUUCCUUAUCCUCGAAUUUGCCGGCAAGGGCGAGCUGUACAAGCACUUGCGAAAAGAGCACCGCUUCCCGGAGUGGAAAGCCGCACAGUAUAUUGCUCAGAUGGCAGCUGCGCUCAAGUACCUGCACAAGAAGCAUGUUAUGCAUCGAGAUAUCAAGCCCGAAAACAUCCUCGUGGGCAUUCAUGGCGAAAUCAAGAUCUCGGAUUUCGGCUGGUCAGUACACGCACCAAACAACCGGCGACAGACCAUGUGCGGUACUCUUGAUUACCUACCACCCGAGAUGCUGCGGCCCGGCAGCUCUGACAACUACUACAACGAAAAGGUCGACUUGUGGAGUUUGGGCGUGCUGACAUACGAGUUCUUGGUUGGAGAGGCGCCAUUCGAAGACACACCGGUUAUGACCCAGAGGAGGAUAGCCAAGGCUGACAUGAAGGUGCCGAGCUUCGUGAGCCCUGAAGGCAGGGAUCUGAUCAUGAAGCUUCUCGUACUGGACCCCGAGAAGAGAAUACCACUGGAGGAUGUCGAGCGACAUCCAUGGAUUGUGAAGCACUGUGCGACAAAAGGCGGCGAGCGCGGCGCCCUUAGGGCUAGCCAGGAGAGCAAUGAGCGAUGA